AUGCCCUUAGACAUGCGAGUACCUGCUGGUGGAGGGUUGCGUUUGCGGAACUCUCUCGCCAUAUCUGCCAUACACAACCAGUGGACGUCUUUGUGGGCGUUGACCCAUUCGAUGAAGCGCUCCCGUGCAGAAUGGUCGGUGGCGGAGUUUGAUAGAACUGCACGGAACAAUUACGAUCAUGAGGAGGAUGUGAGGGCGGCUAAUGCGCAAGUGAGCACGUUUACUGCACGCGACCAGAGCGAGUCUGUCCGAGACGAGCUGUGGGAAUUGCGCCGCAAAGGCGACAGCGAUGCCUGCGCCCUGUCGAUGCAGGCCAGACCAGAAUCACAUCAAAUGCGCAUUGCGAGACAAACGAGGCAGCCGGCGCAGCUUCAGCAUCUUUGCGAUGCCGACUGGCUUCUUGACAGUGGCAUGAUGUCCCCUUCUAGCCCCAGAGCCGCUCGUGUGGCGCCUGCCAAGGCACACCGAAUUCAACAUGACGAUCAGCAGGAUGCAGCUGAUGCAGAGCGUGGUAGCCUACCUAAAAUGUUGAAUAUUUCCCGCUCAGUUUCCGACGGUAUAAUAGUGCCUUUAGAGAGGUGA